AUGAACUACGUAUACAACGUUGCCAAAAAAACAGGAUGGGAAGCAUAUGGACGACCACUUCUUAAAUCAAUAGGACUCUAUAAUAAUGAUGAUCUUUCCUACGGCAGAACAUCGAUCCCAUUCUCAGGAAUGGAAAAGCGUCUAUAUAAUCAAGACGAUAUCGAUGUUUGGUACGGAAAGGUGAUUAUGCCAAACGGAAAAGAUUGGUGUUGGUAUCAAGUGUGGCAACACAAAUCUUUCUUGAAUAGUGAAAAUCAAGCAGAUAUUCUUUUCGUUCAUGGUACAGGCGUACAUUCAGGCACUCUUGCCGGUCAUGCCCGUCGUUAUCUAGAAGCAGGAUUUCGCUUGAUCGUACCUGAUCUCGUCAGCCACGGCUAUUCGAGCGGCUUGCAUGUCUAUCAACGCAAGAUGAGCGCAUACACGGAAGGAUUGCAUGAAGUAUUACAUGAUGUCGCACGAAGGGAUGAUGCAAGACUAGGCAGAAGUUCCGACAAAUCACAAGCACACAGACAUAAAACAUUUAUGCUCGGUCUGUCAUUCGGGGGCACAGUGGCAAUGCACUACGCUAUGGAUUACCCUGGCUCAAAAAGAGGAAGCAAAGAAGUGGAAGACGGCGAGAUCCCCAUCGAUGGUUUGGUUGUGGUUGGUCCAAUUUUGGGCUAUUCUCCUCUCAACAUCGUAAUGCCAAUCUACUUGACAUACAUAAUCUUGGCUUUGAAUGCCUUGGGAGCUGGUUGUAUGGAACUCACGGUGCCACAUAAAAAGUGCCUGGACAAAGAUCCAAAAGUAUAUGCAGCACUGAUCGAUGAAGAUAAGCGAAGUCAUCAAGGUGCUUUCCGUGUUGGGCAUUUGCUUUGCAUUAAUGAUGCCGUGAUCGAUCUUCAUCGUCAAGCCCACAAUAUCCAACAUCCAAUCUUUAUACAGCAAGGUGGACAAGACCGCGUCGCAUGCCCUCAAAAGACGUUCAAAUGGGUAGAGAGUAUCCCCUCCGACGACAAAAAGAUGACUGUUUACCCAGUCUGUCAGCAUGUCAUUUAUCGAAAGGCAAAAACAGAAGAAGAAGAUUUGGCAGGCAGAGUGGCUUGCAUCGAAGAUAAUCUGGCAUGGAUGAUGCAAAGA